CUGUAUUCUACCCCUGAGUUCUCCUUGUGUGCUGUCUGCCUUUCCUGAUUGCCUGUCUCUGGGACCUCCACUGAGAAUUCUGGGGGCAAGUAGCAGGGUUCUCAUCCUGCCCGAAUUACCAUGGCUUCCUGGAAAAGCUGUAUGCUUGGCCUUCUUUUGGUCCUGCUCUGUUCAUUCCAGCUUCCUAGAAUACAGGGACAGCAACAACAUCACCAUAGUGAUGUAGAAUACCAUGGAAACGAACAACAUCAUCCCAAAGAGCAUUACCAGGAUGGUCACCAUGAUCAACAUGCUGAAGAUAAUGGUGAUGGUGAUGAUGAUGAUGAUGGCCAUACUCACCACCAUGCUGCUCACUAUAAGGAUGCUGGGCAUUACCAGGAAAGCCAUCAUUCUCAACAUGAUGAUGAUGAUGAUGAUGAUAAUGAAGAGGAACAGCAUCAUCCUCAUGGUGCAGAUCACCAUAUUGACCACCACCACCAUGAAUGAUGAUAAUGAUGAUAAUGAUGAUGAUAGCCAUGGCAGGCAUCAUCAUGAUAAAUAUAAUGGGAAUCAUCACCAUGAUGAUGACCAUUAUCAUCAGGGACAUCAUGGUAACCAUCAUCACCACAGUGACAAUUAUGACAAAGAGGAACACCAUCAUGGAGACCAUCAUCAUCAUGAAGACAAUGAUGAAGAUGAUGCUGAACAUCACCACCACCAUCAUCAAAGGCAUGAUGAUGAUGAUGAUGAUGAUGAUGAUGAUGAUGAUGAUAAAGAUGAUGAUGACAAUCAGCCACAUCAUGACCAUCACAGCCACCACCAACACCAAAAAGAUGAUGACAAUGAUGACAAUAAUGAUGAUGAACACCAACACCACCAUCACAGACAUCAUGGAGAUCACCACCAUGAUGAUCAUGAUAAUGAUGAUGAUGAUGAAGAAGAAGAAGAUGAUGCUCAUCAUCAUCGCCAUCACCAAAAGCACCAUCACCAUCACCGCCAUCAUGAAGAAGAAGAAGAAGAAGAAGAAGAAGAAGAAGAAGAAGAAGAAGAAGAAAGCAAUGAUAGUGAUGAAGAUGAGGAUGAGGAUGAAGAUAAGACUCACAGGCAUCAUCACCACAGUGACCAUCAUCAUCAUAGGAAACAUGAUGAUAAAGAAGAGGAGUCUGAUGAAGUAACUUCUGAGGAGAAGGAUGAGCAUAAGCAUGAACAACACAGACAAAAGCACCACAAGCAUGAGGGCCAUGAAAAAGCCAAGAAGCACCAUAGAGAGGAAGAAGAAGAGGAUGAGGACGAAGAGGAAGAUGAGGAAGGUGAAGACACUGAGUAUGAAGCAGGUUCUGUUUGCCACUACUGUGCCUUCUGCAAGCACUGUGGGGAGUGUGACAAGUGCCCUUGUAAAGAUGGGGACAGCAGUGACUACUGUAUGAGCUGCCAGUAUUGUCAUUUCUGCUACAUUUGUCCUGUGUGUGAGACAGCCUGUGCGCCAGGAAGCAUCGUAGAUGAAUUGUCUGGAGCCUUAUUUCAGACAAUUGCUACCAUAUUUGAGCAGCAGAAACACUGAAGCGCCCUCUGGUGGAGAAGCAAAAUUUAGGAGAGAUGGUGACCCUUGACCUUUAGAGCCAAAUUGUAAACAAGGGCAAAUGUAUGGUUGUUCUUUUCAGCAGUUUUUCCCUCUUCCUCAUUUUUUGCAAAGCCUCCUAAGGUUGCUUUUCUCCUUUUGGGGAAAAAAGCAGGAGGAUUCUUCUAUUUUUCCUCAGAAGGCAGGAGAGCAAGCUGGGGUUGAUACCAAGUGGACAAAAUGGGAAGAAAAGGGGAGAUGUUGCAAACCAUCUGCUUCCCUCCUUUGUUUGCUCCUAAAAUCUACCUUUUGCAACUGCUUUUGAUUAAAAUAAUUUUUAAAAACUCCCAGUGGGAGGAAGAGUCAUAGAACUGUUGUCUUGCGCAAUUGGGCUUUUAUAAAGAGCAGGGAGGCUCUCCCCAUGUAAGCUAGGGUGCACUGUGUGAGAAGAUCCAGCUUUACCAAGGCAUUUCACCUUGAGAUAAGGAAUACCUAUUGUCAAUCUAUUGUGUUUUCCUAGCCAUUAAAUCUUUGAGGAUCUGAUCACACUUGCAGCUUACUCCUGAGCAAUAGGUCUACUCUCAUGCUUUAGUCCAGCUUUCCCCCACUCAUGACCUCCAGAUUUGUUGGAGUGCAACUCCUAUGUCCGCUACAAGAGGAAUCAGAGCCCACCAUCUCUGGAAAGCACCAGAUGGAGGAAGACAGUCUUAGCCGAAGGAGCCAGAAUAGGAGAUGAUUCAUAUUAUUGUGAGUUUGCCUCAUUUGAUGUUUGUUUCUGAAAUGUGACUUGGUUCAGUGAAAAAUUGCCUGUCUAACACUAUAAUGAAAGUUGGAUCUAUUGGAA